GGCGACGACCCGUGAAGUUUUGUCAUCCAUUUACGUAACCGACACUAGAACUGUCGUCUCCAGCUAUAGUUCAUCUGCUAAUACACAUUGUCACAUACCUGAUUAACAUGAGCCAGAGGGUUUACGUGUGUACUGCUGACACAUCUAGUCGCCACUGAACCGUGAACACGUACACCUAUCUAUAGGCCUGAACUUUGUGGAGUUUGGCUGGGCGAGUUGUGUCCCAUUGGAGGAGUUGUGCGCCCUUGAACAGAGUUUGACAACAAUCAUUGUGUGACGAGUUAUUCCAUCGUGGGAUUUAUUCUGUGACAGUGCACAGUUCAGUUCACCAAGUGAUUUCACGGGUUUUAAACAGUGGAUACUGAAGCAAGGACACCUCAGUGGAUUGACAAUUUUUCGGCAAAGCAUUGAGUGAUUAAAGAGCAGUUAGACUUUCCAGUCGGUAAUCUUAUAACAAAAACUACAAGGCGAGUUGAUCUUAUCAGUGGUGACUCACACCAGAGGACUUGACAAAUGAGUUAAAACAUUAGCACAAUAAAACAUAUGCAAAGCGAGACAACCCUGGAAAUCUCGUGUAAUGAAUGGGACAAAACUCAUGAGAUCACCGCAAGCUUUAGACAACAAAGAAAACGUGUGUAAAGUUGUCGUUCUUGGAACGCCGGGCGUUGGAAAAACAGCUUUGACAGUGAGGUUUAUUACGAAGCGGUUUAUCGGAGAAUACUCGCCUACCUUGGAGAGUGUUUACAGGUACAUGUCAGGUCCAGCAGAAGAUGACGACAUUCGAAUGGACAUUCUCGAUACAGCUGGACAGAUUACAUCCAACUGGAACGAGGGUUACGCCCUCUGGGGGGACUGCUUCGUCCUGGUCUACUCCAUCACGGAGCACACAAGUUUUGAUGACGUCAUCCGCCUGAGACGUCAACUGGAGUCGACGCGCCGGUCCGCGGGUCUGGUGUGUGCGCUGGUGGGUAACAAGGCCGACCUAGUGUACGACCGGCAGGUCACGGCGGUUCAAGGUCAGGAGCUGGCCAAUGAGAUGGGGUGCAGGUUCUACGAGGUGUCGGCCUGUGACUGGAAUCAGCUGCCACAGGUUUCUGAAAUCUUCACGGACCUGUACAACGUGUGGAGAAGGACGAAGACGUUCAGAGACGUGCGCCAGAGGAAGUCGAGCUCCAGCACCAAAUUCCGGCAGGCCAUCCAGAAGGUCAUUUCCGGUAAAAGUCCCAGCGGAAAGAAGACGGCCAACAACACAGGCGUCGGGUGACGUCAUAGCAGGUGUGGGAUGACGUCAUGGCAACACUACGCAGGCGUGGGGGUGACGUCAUGACGAUAAAAACUAUGAAUCUUUUUCUCUGUGAUAGCAAAUCUCGAUCAAAUCAAGUUGUGCGAAUGGCAAGGGUGAAUGACGCAUUUAUCAUUCUGUAAAAGUUGACCCAAUGACCUUGUACACUAUUUCAAAAGCACAGGAAAAUGCCAACACAAAAUGCUUGUCUGAUAUAUUUGGAACGUACUGAGAUAUUUUGAAACUGAUCAUAAUACCGCUAAAUUUUAAACUUGAUUUUGUAAACUGGUAACUUCUCAUGAAGAUUGAGGCUAAUUUGAUUUCAAAUUAUUUUUUAAAUCUGUUAGUAAUACAAUUUACAUUUAUUUACGGAAGGUAGAAUAUGAAUUUUAUUUCCAAAAUAAGUAAACAAACAACCGUGCCUUGAAGUAAGAUAUGACAAAAUGUCUCAUUUACAUGUAGGAUAUACUUUGGAUAUACGUGGAUUACUACUUCUACUAACAUUUUAAGAUAAUUAUGUCGACUAGGAAAGAUAACUGUAAAUAAAUUUCUUAUUUUUAUAUUGGUUCUAAAUGGGACAGAACUUUAAGACAAAUAUAUGAGAAAAUGUGGUGGUUAUGUGGUGUUUAUAUGUGAUGCUGGUUGCGUGUCUGUAUGCGCUGACCUGUACGUGAGUAUGUGGCUGUUCAGGUUUUGUUCUAUUACUUUUAUUACUUAAGUUCGUUUUUACAUUAAAAUACUCUACACUGAUAUUCUUGUAUAUAAAUGUAUAUUUUGAGAUUAUAUUAUCACUUUUAAAAUAAUGAGAAAUGUAUUCUUGAAAAUGUUUUUGAUGCAUCUAAUUUUAUACUAUAGCGCCUUGACACAAAGCUUGG